GUAUUCGCCCUGCUCUAAUUAAUCCCGAACAAGACGAUCAACAGUUCAAGUGCCCAACUUGUCAAUCUCAUUUGGUACCUGAUGAGUUAGUACCAAACAAGGCAGCGCGGGAGGCAGUCGAUGGUCAUCUAAGAGAUUGGGCUAGACGUAGGAACGAACCCACUGUUCCGGAAGUUAAUGAGGAUGAUGAAGGAAAUAAUUUGGAAAUGUUAGAAGAUCCGCUGGUAGCAAAUAAUAACGUAGACCUAUCUGUGGAAAAAGAUACUACAGAUUCAUUAAAUGAACUUGUAAAAACAGAAGAAAAGGAAAAAAGCACGAGUGGUUUAUCAGAAACGGGACUUGAUAAUGUAGAAAAUUCUAGUCAAUCUCCUCAAAUGUCAAAAGCAAAGGCCGAGUUGAAUGCUAAAACGGAGCUACCAAAGAAACCAACACAUGAUCUUCCGCCUAUCCCACAAUCGCAAAUACCAACACAUCAAUCUCAGUCACACUCAUCACAACAAUCGCAACAUUUUCAACAGUCACAAAUGCAGCGACAUCAAUAUUCAAAUAAUGUUGCAGGGAAAUCUUUUGGGCAAAAUCCUAUAGCAUCACAACAACAAGGGUAUGGACCAUUUGGUUAUUAUAAUGAUUAUGGAUUUGGUUAUGAUCAAAAUCAAGGAUAUUGGUAUGAUGAAGUUUAUCCUCAAAUGGGUAUGAAUAUGAUGAAUGGGCCAGGUUACUACGACCCAUCAUACUUCGAUUCAGGGUUUUAUCCCGCAGAACCAUUCCCUUCACAACCACAAUUUAUGCCACAUUUUAGACCACCGGUAUACGACGAAUUUUGGGACGGUAGACCAAUGAUGCCACCACAAGGCAAUUUUGUACCGUUUGCAGGAAAUAUGGGUGGAAUGGGAGGUAGUGCAGGAAUGCAACCAUUUAGAGGAGGCAACUUUCGUGGAGGGUUUCCACGUGGAAAUUUUCCAAAUCGCGCUCGUGGCCGCGGAAGAGGUUCUAGUCCCGGAUUUUUCAGUGAUCGCUCAUCAUUUGCUAGCGGACGUGGUAUGGGUGAUUUCAGACGAGAAUCUAGUGUUCCACCCUCUAUUGGAAGACGAGAUAUGUCUGAUUAUCGCGAUGAAGAAGAUGAACGACUUGUAGAUGAUUUUGGACGCGAUUUGGCACGACGUAAAUCAUCUGCAUCGCGUAUUUCCGCCGAAAGAGAUAUUGAAGCUCAGGAUAAAAGAUCUCCUUCUCAUACUUCUGAUCGUGACAGGCGCGACAGGGACGUGAUAUUAGAUGAUGAAAUAGAAAAUAGAAGACUUAGAGAUAAAGAUCCAACCCGCAGCAGAAGUAAAGAAAGGUCACGUAGGAGUCGAAGUCGAAGUAGAUCUCAUCAUCAAUCAUCACGGAGACAUCGUGAUGAUUCGCGACAAAGCAGAUCUCCUUCAAGACAAGAACGUUCAUCUCCUGAUGCUCGACGAAAAACAUCGAUAUCUUCAAGGCGUCGCAGUCGUAGCCGGGAAGCAUUUGUUGACAGAAAAGAAGAUCGCCGAUAUUCUGCCGACCGCCGAUAUUAUGAUGACCGUCGGUAUUCCAUGCCUGAAAAAAGGGAAGAUAGGCGUGAUUCCAAUUUAUCCGAACGAAGAGAAAGUAGACGAGAUUCUAAUUUUUCGCGCUAUGAAAAAUCUGGAUCUAUUAACGAAAGGAGAGAUCCUAAACACGAUUCAAUGGAUGGCCGAAAAGAAGAAAAUCGUAAUAACUCUUUGUCUAAUGAACGAUUUGAUUACGAAGACCCUAAAACUCGGUCUCGAACGAGAUCACCAGUUGAUAGAUCAAUAAAUCAUGAGAAUGGCAAAUCAGAAUAUCAUAACUCCAAUCACAAUAUUGACACAGAUAUGCCAAAUGACAGGGUCAGUCUUCCAGCAUCUGCUGAACAACUCUCAGAAGAUAUUGAGCGCCGAACGCGGUCGCGUUCUCCAAAGCCAAUAUUAGCACCUGAAGAAUCAGUGCCUGAUGACGUAAUAUAUGAUGAUGAUAACGUUAUCGAUGUAUCCACAAAUGAUGAUGACACUCUACUACUAGAUGAUGAUAGAAUGUCUGUAAAUGAUGAUAGACCUACUACACCUCCUUCUCCUGAAAAAUAUCCUUCAUCGCCUGAAAAACGACGCCAUUCAUCAACUCACAAACAUCGGAGUAAAUAUCAUCGUUCACAUCAUCGACAUGAGUCUCCGGAAAAAGAUGAUCACGACAAAAGGGGAUCUCGAUCUAAACAUUUGAGUACUUCUUCCAAAGAUGAUUAUCGCAGUAGUACUCACAAACACAAAAAGCGUCAUAUAUCCUACCAUCAAAGUCGACACAGCCAUAGUAACAGAACUAAAGAUAGCGAAAACAGACGUAGACAUAGAGAAAGCUCGGAAACACACAGAUAUCGCAGCAGGUCAAGAUAG